AAAUUAGAUUGGCGCAGUUCUCGAUUACGGCACUCUUUCUCCUCGUAUGUGUAUCAAUGUAAAUAUGAGCCUUUCUCUUCGUUCAGGUAAAACGAGCCAAUGAGAGCUCGCGGACGGUGCUUAAACACGCGAGCUCACGGAAAAAGAGGCGGGAACCUCGCGCACCUUCAGAGAACUCGGAGCGCGCGCGCAUUCACAUCGCUCGUGCUCACAGAGAGCAGCUUCUGGACUCACGGAGGUACACGGGUUCAAAUAGGCGGCUUGCAGAAGGGGCAGGUGGACGUCUGCGUUGACUACCACCUCCGCUUGGCGGUCAGAUAGCAGCACCUCGGUGAAGAUUGGUUGACUUCUCAGAGCCCGUCCGUAACCUCGGUGUAAUUUGUCAGAAAUACAUGCCGUUCAAGUGCUCGUAGUAAACAGUUCCUCGAGAUGGAAAACACCCACACUAAAUCCGCAUCAGAAGUUUUAGCAAACUUCGGUGUGAACGAAAACACUGGACUCACGCUGGAACAAGUGAAAAUUAAUUCAGAAAAAUAUGGACCAAACGAGCUCCCAGCCGAAGAAGGUAAGUCGUUGUGGGAGUUGGUGGUGGAGCAGUUUGAGGACCUGCUUGUGAGGAUUCUACUGCUGGCAGCCUGUGUGUCUUUUGUGUUGGCAUUGUUUGAGGAUGGGGAGGAGUCAACCACAGCCUUCGUGGAGCCCGUUGUCAUCCUGCUCAUUCUGGUGGCCAACGCUGUCAUUGGAGUAUGGCAGGAGCGAAAUGCAGAGAAUGCCAUCGAGGCUCUGAAAGAGUACGAGCCAGAAAUGGGCAAAGUGUACCGCAUGAACCGCACAGCCGUCCAGAGAAUCAAAGCUCGAGACAUUGUACCUGGAGAUAUUGUGGAGGUUUCUGUUGGGGACAAGGUGCCAGCAGAUAUCAGACUCACUUCAAUCAAAUCCACCACCUUAAGAGUGGAUCAGUCCAUCCUCACAGGGGAGUCUGUGUCUGUUAUCAAACACACUGAUCCUGUGCCAGACCCUCGAGCUGUCAAUCAAGAUAAGAAGAACAUGCUGUUUUCUGGCACAAACAUUGCUGCGGGUCGGGCGAUCGGUGUGGUUGUCUCCACUGGCGUUUCCACCGAAAUCGGAAAGAUCCGUAAUCAGAUGGCAGCCACCGAACAAGAAAAGACUCCGCUGCAGCAGAAGCUGGAUGAGUUCAGCCAACAGCUCUCGAAGGUCAUCUCCCUCAUCUGCAUUGCCGUUUGGGUCAUUAACAUCGGCCAUUUUGCCGACCCUGUCCAUGGUGGCUCCUGGAUCAGAGGUGCCAUCUACUACUUCAAGAUAGCUGUGGCCUUGGCUGUGGCGGCUAUACCAGAAGGUCUGCCGGCUGUUAUCACCACCUGCCUGGCGCUGGGCACCCGUCGCAUGGCCAAGAAAAAUGCCAUUGUCCGUUCACUGCCUUCGGUUGAGACACUGGGAUGCACCUCCGUUAUCUGCUCUGACAAGACGGGAACCCUGACGACCAACCAGAUGUCUGUCUGCAGGAUGUUUGUGGUUAAUAAGGCUGAUGACACCAGCUGCUCCCUGCAUGAGUUCACCAUCACUGGCUCAACCUAUGCUCCAGAGGGACAAGUGCUGAAAGCAGAUAGGCCAGUGCAGUGUGGAGACUAUGAUGGUCUAGUGGAGCUGGCUACUAUCUGCUCUCUGUGCAAUGAUUCCUCACUGGACUAUAAUGAGGCCAAAGGAGUGUAUGAGAAAGUGGGAGAGGCCACAGAAACUGCACUCACAACGCUGGUGGAGAAGAUGAAUGUGUUUAAAACCGACCUCUCUGGACACAGCAAAGUGGACAGAGCUUCAGCAUGCAACUCGAUUAUCAGACAGCUCAUGCAGAAAAAGUUCACACUGGAGUUUUCCCGAGAUAGGAAGUCCAUGUCUGUGUAUUGCACUCCCAAUGGCUCGAACUCUCAGAGCAAAAUGUUUGUCAAGGGUGCUCCAGAGGGUGUGAUUGACCGCUGUCAGUUUGUGCGUAUUGGCAAAGAUCGGGUUCCAUUGACCAUAGCGGUGAAGGAUGAGCUGAUGAGCACUAUCAGAGACUGGGGGACAGGCAGGGACACACUGCGCUGCCUGGCUCUGGCCACACGAGAUUCUCCCCCUGCUGAUGACAAAAUGGACCUGGAAAACGCUGUCAAGUUCUCGGAGUACGAGUCAAAUCUCACCUUUGUUGGCUGCGUGGGCAUGCUGGACCCACCCAGGAAGGAGGUGAUUGGCUCAGUGAAGCUGUGCAGGAAAGCAGGUAUACGUGUCAUCAUGAUCACUGGAGACAACAAAGGCACCGCUGUGGCCAUCUGCAGGCGCAUCGGCAUUUUCAGUGAAGACGAAGAUGUGGAAGGGAAGGCCUACACAGGCAGAGAGUUUGAUGACUUGACUCCAGAGGCCCAGCGAGAAGCUGUGAAAAGGGCACGCUGCUUCGCUCGUGUCGAGCCUGCCCACAAGUCAAAGAUCGUGGCUUAUCUACAGUCCUUUGAUGAGAUCACAGCUAUGACUGGUGAUGGCGUGAAUGAUGCCCCCGCCUUAAAAAAGGCUGAAAUUGGCAUAGCCAUGGGCUCCGGCACAGCUGUAGCCAAGUCAGCCUCAGAGAUGGUGCUCUCUGAUGAUAAUUUCUCCACCAUUGUGGCCGCGGUAGAGGAGGGCCGAGCCAUCUACAACAACAUGAAGCAGUUUAUCCGUUACCUCAUCUCCUCCAAUGUGGGAGAGGUUGUCUGUAUUUUCCUGACAGCCAUCCUCGGUCUGCCUGAGGCUCUCAUCCCUGUCCAGCUGCUGUGGGUAAAUCUGGUGACGGAUGGUCUACCUGCCACUGCCCUGGGCUUCAACCCCCCAGACCUGGACAUCAUGGACAAGCCUCCCCGAAACCCUAAAGAGUCUCUUAUCUCUGGCUGGCUGUUCUUCAGAUACCUGGCCAUUGGUGGAUACGUGGGUCUAGGAACUGUCAGUGCUGCCACCUGGUGGUAUUUGUUUGAUGAGGAGGGGCCACAGGUGUCUUUUUAUCAGCUGAGUCACUUCAUGCAGUGUACAGAUGAGAACCCCAUGUUCAAGGGCAUUGACUGUGAGGUCUUUGAGUCACGCUACCCCACCACCAUGGCUCUCUCUGUGCUUGUUACCAUAGAGAUGUUCAACUCUCUUAACAGCCUGUCAGAGAAUCAGUCUCUGUUGAGGAUGCCACCCUGGGUGAAUAUAUGGCUGCUGGGGGCUAUAAUCCUCUCACUGUCUCUACACUUCCUCAUCCUGUAUGUGGAGCCUCUACCGCUCAUCUUCCAGGUAACUCCACUACGCUGGUCCCAAUGGAUCGUAGUCCUCAAGAUCUCAAUUCCCGUCAUCCUAUUGGAUGAGGCACUAAAGUAUAUCUCCCGCCACCAUUUAGAAGUUUAACUUUCUCCUCUCAUCUUUGAAAAGUUGAAGAGGAAGAAUGGUACAGGAAGAGUCGGCAGCUGAAAUUCUAGGACAGCUUCCUCCAUACACAUAUUAACAUACCCCGCCCCACCACCACCUUUUCCUCCAAGCUUUUAAGAAUGCUCUUCACACACUCAUCCUCACACCCCUUGUUUUCACUCCUCCAGUGUCUUUGCUGUAUGUCCAGCCACCACUAAAAACAAGCAGGGCUUGUAGUUUGUUACAGUGUGUGUGUUUGUGUGAGAGCGAGCGAGAGAUUGUGCUUGUAUGUGUGUUGGCAUUUUUCAGCUCUCUCAUACUUGCUGUUCAUACUGUACUAGGGCAGUAAUUGGAGCACUUGAGGGAACAGAAGAGGGUUAAACAUUUGAGGAUUUUGGACUUUGACUUUUGGGCUCCAAGAUAUCAUAAUUUGGCCAUGGAUAUACUUUCAUUGAUAGAGAAUGGAGAUGAACAUUGAGGGGGGGAAAAGGAUAGAGAUAGCUAUCUUGUAAUGUGUGUGUAAAUGUUUGUGUUUGGACAGAAUGGCCAGUUUCUUGAGUGGUCUGCUCUAGUUUCUCUUUUCCUUCCUCUCUUUUCUUCCAUUUUCUCUUCAUGCACUCUCAGCGAGAUAUGUGUGUGUGCACUGUACAAAUAUGGUUGCCACCACCAAUGCUGAGAGGUCCUCCUCUUUGCCAUAAGGUUCAUUUAGGUAACUGUUUACACAAGGCUUCUAUUGCACUUGAAUAAAAACCUGCAUUUUUAUUUAGAUCAAGACUUAGCUAGGUGUGACAUAGUCUGCAUGCUAUUGUAGAAUAUCCUAAAUCAGAUCUGAUAGCCUGAGAAUUUUGAUCCGUACACAAUAAGUUCAUUAGUUAACAUCAAAACGCUCAUGACAAUCCUAUGGAAUUAAUUUUAGCUGUAAUUAUUAUUAUUAUUAUUAUAUAUAUUAUUUUUUUUACUGAGAUGAGGCUGUUAAAGCAUAUUUAUGUAAUUUGGUCCUAAACUAUAAAGGGAGCGGGUGAAUUGUUCCAUCCCAGAAUUCUCCUCUUUACCUCUUCUAUUUUAUUUUUUAAUUAACUCCAGUUUAACACUAGAAAUGAUGUACUGCAUGUACAUCAACAUGGUGCAACCUGCCACAGAAGUAUUAAUAUCAAUGGACAACAGUGGCAGGUGAGAGAGUAAGAGGACUCUGAGGAGAUGUGGAGAGGUAGAAAGGAAAGAAGGGAUUUGUUUUAUUGAUGUGAAGAGUAAUCCAGGUCUGCAGCAUUGCUUGUAGGUACAGCUUUGAUGCUUAACAUUAUCUGACUCAUUCUUACACAAAGACACACAAACACAUGCGCUCUCAUAAUGGAGUAAAAGGCUCUUACUUGAAUGUACUUUCAUACGCUUCCCAACCCCACCCCCCACCCCCCUCCUAAACUGUACCUAGUAUGCUUCUUUCUUCUGUGGUUAUUACUGUACAUUGCCACUUGACUUUUUCCUUUUUUUUCCCCCAUAUUCUCCAUUUCAAAAUUCCAGUCAGUAUCAUUAUCAUAAACAUCCUCUUCUUAACACAGUGGAACAUUAAUUGAACAUUGUCACUUAAUACUUCAUUUCCACUGAGGGAGGACUCGUCACCGCUAGUGCUUUUCGUGCAAUCUUGAACUUCGCUACUUUAAAAAAAAGAAAAGAAAGUAAUAAUAAUGUAUUCGACUGAAAGAACCCAGGUGGUUUAGUUGGUGAGUUUUGCUGUUAAGGGUAUGAUAUGCCUUCAUGAUCUGUUGGUAAAUGUUGGUGUGCAAUUUUCAGAAAGAUUGGCAAACCAACUGCCUGUGCCUGGUGUCAUUAUGCUUGCCAUGGUAAAACCGCUGUGUGGAGAGUCUGUGUCCGCUUAUUAGCUGUGAUUCUUCUUUAAGCUAUUCAUUGUAACAUUGUGACAAUGGUGUGACUGUCCUUCUGUCACAAAUAGACCAUUUUGGAAGCCCAUUCUAGCCCAUUCCUCUUUACUACGGUCACCUGUUUUGCCAUUAACAAAUGUGAGCAGUUUAAAUGCCAAUUAAAACAGGCACUCAGCAGGGGCGGUGCCAGGAUUUUUUUUACAGGGGGGGCCGGGCAGGGUCAGGGUCCGUGAUCAGUCUGUGGUGGCACCGAAAUUCCGUCCAACCAGGGGAUGGUGGUGCGUGAGUGUUAUAUCGUCCGACUGUGGGGGGGGGGGGGAUUGUAGGCUUCAGGAAAAAACUCACUCUUUAAUUCGGGACCCCCCUCUAGAACCACCCCUGGCACUCAGUUAAUGUCAAGUUCUGUGUCCAGUGUGCUCUCACAUCUUCAGCUAUUGCAAUGGCAAUUAAUUCAGAACUGUUCUCUAAUGUAUUCGCAUACAGUAUAACUUUAGGGUCAGCGUACUGACACAAGGCAGUAAGGCCCCUCAUUCAACAUGUCUACAUCGCACACUAGCAUCUGAACCAAUAGAAAGUGUGGGCUUGUACAGCCUUGCUAAUAACUACUGAUCUCUUGAACUCUGUACAGAAGAAAAAAUAAAUACCUGAUUGCAUGGAAACUUGUUACUAUAAUUAAUAACAUAUACAGUAUAUUUAAUUUUUCAAUAAUGGCUUUAAUUUAACGCCUUCAACAGGAAGAGAACAGCUUGAAACAAUUUUUUCCCUGCGCUCAAGUAAUGAGGAUCGAGAAUAUUUUUUUGAAUAGUGGAGGUUGUUUAUUCAUUGUUACAGUUUGUUUUUAAAGGUUGCAGGGGUUUUUGUGUCUUUUAAAUUUAGUUAAGGAGUUGAAAAGUUGUAAAAUAAAGAUAAGAGUGAUAGAGUGCUAAUAAUGAUAAUAUUUGAUUAUGGUAAUUUUUUGCAACUUAAAUUGGGUCUUAGGAUUUGUAGUUUUUUUGCUUGUUUUUGUUUGUUUGUUUGUUUGUUUAUUUGUUUUUGUUCUGGGGCAGAAAAAAAAACAUUGCGUGGUUUACACAGAGUGAUGUCCAGUUAUCAAGGCUGGAUGAUGAAGGUGUUCUCUUGAAGGGCUUGGUGUGGGUACUGUGCCUCCAGAGAUAUGAAAUGUCUGUGUGUUUUGCAGAAAGUUGGAUGUCCACUUUAAUUUUCAAUUAAUAUUUAAAAAAAAAAAAAAAAAAAAAAAAAGAAAAAGAAAAGAAGAAUCAUAUUUUUUGACAUUUUUUGACAUUCUUGAACUCCUGUGUUGGUGCUUCUCCUACAUACUAUUUUAAAUUGAAGGAGAUUUUCAUCAAAUACUGAAUGUUUUAAUUCUGAAACGUACUUGAUUGUUCACUACGAAUGCUCUCUUUGUAAUUCCUGAGAUGCUGUAACAAUUUAUUUUGCUCUAUUUUAGAGGCAAUCAAGAACAUACAAAACAUAAAUGGUAGACAAUCAGGAACGCAAACAAAAGAUUAUAAUGAAGUUUCCCUUCUGACAACUCCAAAGCUAAUCUCAUUAGAGUACAGUGUGUCGUGAGAUGAUCCAUUCUUACUGGACAGCUGUCUUUCUGCCUGCGCACAAACUGGCUGGAGCUUUGCACCCACUACUGAGAAUUAUCAUUAACACCUUGGUAAUAUUAAUUGUGGAUACAUAUAUAUAUAUAUAUAUAUAUAUAUAUAUAUAUAUAUAUAUAUAUAUAUAUAUAUAUAUAUAUAUGAAAGACAUGUCAAAUAAAGAUUAUUUAUCUUCUAAUUUAUCUAUAUGCCUUUGCUGCUUUGUUUUUGAUGAGAAUGGCUUGCUUUUGCAUUCCUUGAUCUGCAUACAUGCUGUGGUGUGUUAUGUAGUUUGUGAGUGUAAUGUACUCUAUUUCCCAUCUGGUGGCACUGUAAUGUUAUAUCUUGGCUGCAGUAACAGCACAAACUGUGGCAUCUGGCAUCUGCACAGACCAUUGAAAAUACACAGUGGGAUUAUAGACAAAUAUUCUCAACUAUAUUAUAGAUGAUUUCCUAUGGCUAUGUUGUGAUUAUUUCUAAUAGGAAUCUUGUCUAUGGUGUUCAGGAGAGGAAAAGGAAAGAAAACAUUUAAAAAAAUCUUUAUAGCAGAAUGCAUUAUAAUUACCUUAAUCCCACAUAUUCUUUGACAACUUCAAGAAGCCUUUUCAGUAUAAAUGAAAGAAAAAACUAAAUGAAGAGAGAACUGGCUUUAAUAUACCAUCUAAGAGUUCAUCAGUUGCAGCUCACUUCUCACCCAUCACUUCAAAACAUUCUGCACUUGCACUCCACCAACAUGUUAUUCUGUAUUGAAAUGCUAGACACAGAUAAAUUCGGGUUUGACUGCUGGUACAUGUAGAUCUUUCUGUAGUUACUUAGAGAGGUUUAAGAGGAACCAGAGAAGAUCUCCUCACAAUGCAGUCUUUUUGUGAGAAAGAGCACAGCCAUGGAUAUGUUGUGGAUUUGAGUUCACUUUUAGCCUCAAAGACAACACUCACUGAGGCUUUUUGUUUGUUUACAUGCUCACCAAAUCACCAAUGAAACUAUUUUGCUUCCUUUUUGUCAGUGAGCACUCUGAAACUUGGUGGAAAUUAAUGAUUUUGAUUUGAGUUUCAUUUGCAGUUCAAUAGCUGAAGCUUAACCCUCCUACUGUGUUCGGGUCUUUUUUGACCCGGUAGAGGUAAAUUAUAAUUUUUUAAUGCCACAUAGUUUUUUGUAUAGGAACCAAACUUUGUGACUUUGUCAAGACUACCAAAAUUAGCAUAAUUAUUUAUUUUUCAGAUUUUUAAAAGAAAUUAUGUAAGAGAUAUAACCAUUUUUAUACAAUUGUUACAUCGAUUGCGUUCCGGGUCAAUUUUGACCCAGGCAUAAACUGUGGCUUUACACAUUA